AUGGAUCCCGGUGCUGUGAUUUCUUUCUCUGUAAUCAUCUUUGAAAUGUGUAUUGGGAUGUUUUCUGGUCUCUUCAUUGUAGGCACAAUCUUAAAAGACAUCUUUAAAGGACAAAGAAUGAGUACAGGAGAUAAAAUAAUAUUGUCUCUAAGCUGCUCCAACAUCUGCCUGUUAAUAAUGACAUUUACUUCUGCUUCCGCAUCAUAUUUUCCCUUUAACCCCGACGUGUAUACGGUGUGCACCAUAAACGCCUUGGUAUUUUAUGGCAGGACAUCUUGCUCCUGGUUGACUACUUGCCUGUGCUUCUUUUAUUUCAUUAAGAUCACCCAGUUGAAGUCUUCCUUCCUGUCCCUGCUGAAGAAGAAGAUCGAUGUCCUAAUUCCGUGGAUGAUCCUGGUCAUUGAAGCUCUCUGUCUCGGUAGUAGCUUCUUCAGUGAAAUGACUCAUGUUCCGCCCCAAGAAUCAUCCAACAUCUCAGUCUCCUUUUUAUUCAACACAUUAGGAGAUAACUCCCACCCCGGAAGGACAAUUUUAUAUGUCAGUAUGUUUGUGUCAUUGCUGAUCUCAGUGGUCAUCACAGCUCGUAAUGCCCUUUCCCUCAUCGUUCAUAUUUGUAGGACGGGCAAGAACGUCACCCCCUCUGGCAGAACCAACGUGAAAGUACAAAGAGUGGUGAAAACAAUGGUCCAGCUUUUGGCCUUGUAUUUUUUCUCUUAUUUGAUAUCGGUUAUUGCUUAUUGCUUAAAAGAUUUAAUAACACACUAUAGAUAUGUAUUUCAAGUUGCUCAGUUCUUCUUCGGCCCUGUCCAGUCUAUUCUUCUGAUUCUUGGUAACCCAAGAUAUAAGGAGGACAUCCAUCAUACUAUGUGUAUAUGUAGUAGGGUUUGUACACUGCAGAGUUAA